GAGGCUUUGUCUGUGGGCAGGUCGGUCCCGGCGGCUGGGCUGCCUCCCCCGACACAGCUGCCGCCGGGCCGGCGGGAGGGAGCGAGGGCGCGGCGUGGGCGCUGUCCGGCGCCCCGGUGCUGAAACCCGGCCGCCCGUCCUCCGCCGCCACCACCAUGUAAGGGCCAUGAGAAGGGCUCGUCCUGGCGCAGCGCGGACAUGGAGGAGGACUUAUACCAGCUCAGGCAGCUGCCGGUGGUGAAAUUCCGACGCACGGGCGAGAGUGCAAGGUCAGAGGACGACACGGCUUCGGGAGAGCAUGAGGUCCAGAUCGAAGGGGUCCGCACGGGCCUACAGGCAGUCGAACUAGACGAUGGGGCAGCUGUGCCCAAGGAGUUUGCCAAUCCCACCGACGAUACUUUCAUGGUGGAAGAUGCGGUGGAAGCCAUUGGGUUUGGGAAGUUCCAGUGGAAGCUGUCUGUUCUCACGGGCCUGGCGUGGAUGGCCGAUGCCAUGGAAAUGAUGAUCCUGAGCAUCCUCGCGCCCCAGCUGCACUGCGAGUGGCGGCUCCCCAGCUGGCAGGUGGCCUUGCUGACCUCGGUGGUCUUUAUCGGCAUGAUGUCCAGCUCCACCCUCUGGGGGAACAUCUCGGACCAGUAUGGCAGGAAAACAGGGCUGAAGAUCAGCGUGCUCUGGACCCUGUACUACGGGAUCCUCAGUGCUUUCGCGCCCGUGUACAGCUGGAUCCUGGUGCUCCGGGGCCUGGUGGGCUUCGGGAUCGGAGGGGUCCCCCAGUCGGUGACGCUGUAUGCCGAGUUCCUGCCCAUGAAAGCCAGAGCCAAGUGCAUUUUGCUGAUCGAGGUGUUCUGGGCCAUCGGGACCGUGUUCGAGGUCGCCCUGGCUGUGUUUGUGAUGCCCAGCCUGGGCUGGCGUUGGCUGCUCCUCCUCUCAGCCGUCCCGCUCCUCAUCUUCGCUGUGCUGUGUUUUUGGCUGCCGGAGAGCGCGAGGUAUGACGUGCUGUCGGGGAACCAGGAAAAGGCCAUGGCCACGCUGAAGAGGAUAGCGACGGAGAACGGGGCCCCCAUGCCGCUGGGAAAGCUCAUCAUUUCCAGGCAGGAAGACCGAGGCAAAUUGCGGGACCUUUUCACGCCCCAUUUUAGAUGGACAACCUUGUUGCUGUGGUUCAUAUGGUUUUCCAAUGCGUUUUCUUACUACGGAUUAGUCCUGCUCACCACGGAGCUCUUCCAGGCAGGGGACGUCUGCAGCAUUUCCAGCAGUAAGAAGGCAGUGGAGGCCAAGUGCAGCCUGGCCUGCGAGUACCUGAGUGAGGAGGACUACAUGGACCUGCUGUGGACCACCCUCUCUGAGUUCCCAGGUGUCCUGGUGACUCUGUGGAUCAUCGACCGCCUGGGCCGCAAGAAGACCAUGGCGCUGUGCUUCGUCGUCUUCUCCCUGUGCAGCCUCCUGCUGUUCAUCUGUGUCGGCAGAACUAUGCUCACGCUGUUACUCUUCGUUGCAAGAGCGUUUAUUUCUGGAGGCUUCCAAGCAGCCUAUGUUUACACUCCUGAGGUGUACCCCACGGCGACGCGAGCGCUGGGCCUGGGCACCUGCAGUGGCAUGGCGAGAGUGGGUGCCCUCAUCACUCCGUUCAUUGCUCAGGUGAUGUUGGAAUCCUCCGUGUACCUGUCGCUGGCGGUUUACAGCGGCUGCUGCCUCCUGGCCGCCCUGGCCUCCUGCUUUCUGCCCAUCGAGACCAAAGGCCGCGGGCUGCAGGAGUCCAGCCACCGGGAGUGGGGCCAGGAGAUGGUGGGCCGCGGGGCGCACGGCGCAGGCGUCACCAGGUCGAACUCGGGCUCCCAGGAGUAGUGACCUCGGGGGAGGGGCUGAGCUGGCUGGUCUUCGAGGCCGCGGAGCGCAGGGAGCAGGCGGCGCCCGUCUGGGGCACCGACCGUCACUGCCGACACCGAGAACUCGCCCACGAGCACAACCCGGUGGCUCCUGUUCCUGGGGAAGCCCUCGCUCCGGGGGAGGCUCUGGAUGUGUGGGGGGAGGGCUGUCCAUCGCCUGUGGGUCUGCAUGGGAAAACUGCCACACCGGGGACCCUGGCAGCCAGCCAGGCACCGUCCGGGGUCACAGCCAGAAGGUCUCCAUCGACACCGUCCAGGCCCCGGCCCCCGGGAGACCUGCCCACCAGCCAGACCUGGUCGGUAGGUUUCUCCGACACCCAGGCGCCCCGGCUUCCUUCUCUGAGAUCCCAGAUGACGCCGGAGUGGCCUGAGCAGCUUUUUCUAGGGUUUGAGAAACACUCCCUUGGAGGAAGGGGCCUCUCGGUGUGCCUCCCCAAGCGGGCGGGCCCCGACUCCUGGAGUCUCUGGCAGACGUACCUGCAUUUGACCUUGAGCCCACGUGCCCCACCUGGCCUCCUUGGGAGUUGCUGUUUCUGGUUCCGGGGGAUCCCGAUGUGUCCAUGGGGACCGCUGGGCUUGCACUGGACGGCAGCCCCGGAAAGCUGUCACCCCAGGCGUUGGGGACCGGGGCCAAAGAGAGGGGAGAAUCAAGCCCAGAGCCAAAACAGGGCCCUCCCGCUCGGAAGCAGCGAAGGCCCCGUCGGGGCUGCUUUUGAGGCCCGCUCCUUGGUCAGGCGGAUUGGGGGGACUCUUGGGGAAGAGGACAGUUACCUCAGGUUUCUGCGGUUUGGACGCUGAGCUCGGGCGAACGGAGAGAACCAAAUGAUGCUUCUCCAAUCGCCCCCUCCCGCUGGGGUCCGGGGAUAGGAAUCCUCUCCCCUGGUUUCUCUGCCGCCCUUGCUAUCAAGGCUGGCUUGGUCUCUGCACAGAGUCAGCUCUUGGGAUUCCAGCAACGCACCCACAGCGGGGGUGCCACCAGCUGGGGAGCCAUGGGGGGCGGGGACCCAGAUAUGUGAAACGUGUACAUUUUCAGAGGAAGAGGAGGAAGGUCCUUUGGGUUUGGGGUUGGCCUGGGAAGGAAGGGCUGACACCCACCUCCUGGAUUUGGGUUCCAGGAGCCUCUUGCCCACCCGGAAGGCAGGGGACCUGGGAGAGGAGGGAGGAGGCGGCUGGGUCCCAACAACAGAGAAGCUUGACCCUCUGCCUGGAGGCAUCUGCUUGGCGUGAACAUUGUGUGGAAGCCCAAUGUGUUCGUUCAUCUCUUAUUAAAACAUGUUGGCCGUA